AUGUGGCAUCGCAAGUACAAACCGUCGGUGAAAGUGUUUCCUAAAAAAGGGGUACGACCUGGCCACGCUCGAGAUGACUUCAUGAUUGCCAUUUAUCCGCUGGCCCGAAACGGUGACAUGUUUGUGGACUCGACCAGUCUCGGCUAUGAUUAUGACAAUCCCGACGCGGUCGGGUUUUGGGAACAGAAUGGAAGAGGCCUGGUCGUUUUGCACUAG